AUGGAAACGCCCGCAUCUCAACCACCCCCACCAAUGUUCCCAAGAUCUAGAAUUUAUCAUAGUUACUACUCGGAAGAGAAAACAUUCUCAGCACCAUCAGCAAAUACUCAACAAGGCAAUCAGCUACCAUCAAAAGUCUACAACAAAGGAUUGAAAGAUUUGGAGGACAAUGACAUUGAGGGUCUUCUCUCGAAACUAUCCAUCGACGAGUUGGAAGAUCUCAACAAUGAUUUCGAUCCGGAUAAUUCCAUGCUUCCCCCUUCACAGCGUUGCCGUGAUCAAACGGAUAAAGAACCGACAGGACCAUACAAAAGAGACAAUCUUUUGAAGUUUUUAGAGGAAAAAGCAAAAACGGAAAAGGAUUGGGAUGACGUAUGCCCGUAUACACCUGGAGUGAAACGAGGAAAGGUGUACGAUAGUGAUAGUGGCAGGAAUUCUGAAGAACCAGAGGUUGGAAAAAUGGAAAUGCCCAUUGAAAUUGAUCUGGAUGAUGACGAGGAGGAGUUGGAAUGCGCUCUUGUCUCGGCACCUGAAAAGGAUCUUGUUGAUUUAGCUGGAAUUUUAGGCAUGCACAAUGUCUUAAAUCAGCCACAAUACUAUAAUGCACUGAAGGGCAAAACACAGGAUGAAACAACCGGAACGACGUUUAACGGAAUCAUUCAGUCAUAUGUUCCCCGAAUUGUUCCUGAUGAGCCAGAUAACGAUACCGAUGUGGAAUCAUGUAUAAACCGGCUACGAGAAGAUGACACAGAUUUGAAGGAAGUGAAUAUCAACAAUAUGAAACGAUUAUCUAAGGAACGAAUUCGGACACUUAUUGAAGCUGCAUGCAACAGUAAACACAUUGAAAAGUUCUCUCUUGCCAAUACAGCCAUCUCAGAUUCGGAAGCUAGAGGGCUGAUUGAACUCAUCGAGACGUCUCCAUCUCUCCGUGUUCUUAACGUUGAAUCCAAUUUCCUGACUCCUGAACUUCUUGCCAAAUUGCUUCGAUCUACUCUAGUGACACAGUCGAUUGUGGAAUUCAAGGCAGACAACCAGCGUCAAUCUGUGCUUGGUAAUCAGAUAGAAAUGGAUAUGAUGAUGGCGAUAGAAGAGAAUGAGUCCCUUCUCCGAGUCGGUAUUUCAUUCGCAUCCAUGGAAGCUCGGCAUCGAGUUUCGGAGGCGUUGGAGCGUAAUUAUGAACGAGUACGUCUCCGUCGGCUGGGCAAAGAUACAAAUGUCUAA